UAGCCGACUCUUUUUAUUGUGUCGCUCCCAGAGCGGAUAAUCACUGAUUCUCCGGCGUGUUUCUUAUCAGAUGACUUUGAGAGAAGUGACCAUAUGCUGGGUUGCACGCGGAUGGGCACUUUAUGGACAUAAACGUUGGAUGAAACAUAGUUGUGACUGACUUGAGCCUGUUACUUUUUCGCUCAUUGAGCAAUAGACGAGAAUAGUGUUUUACUACCAGAGAGCGCGUGUGUUUGGUGUCUGUUGGACUUCCUUGAAGGAGCAGAGUGCGAGUAGCACGUUGCGCAGAGCCAGUAAGAGAGAGAGAGAGAGUGAGUGAGUAAUAGGGAUGAGAGCUCAGUGAGCCAGCAGACGGACAUUCAAAGCUUCUUAACGGCAGGUGGAAGGAAGAUCGAGCUGGUGUGUGGCUGUGGGAGUGUUCCCCCCCCGUGGAUGCCCACCCUGGACACCGCACCAAGUGGGAGAAGCGCCAGUACCAGAAGCUUGUAGUGGCUGGCGGGCAGGUGUCAGCCUACUCACGGCGGGUAACAGUCCAUACAGUCCGUGUAGGAUAUGCUUUCUACGUCCAACACGAUGAACUGGCGUUCUGAUAGCUGAGGCCAAUAAGGGAUAUCUGGGACAUCGCGUCGUUAUAAGUCCUCGAACCCGUGACGUUGAUAUGGGGAGAGAAAGAGCGCACGGGCGAAACCCGGUUGGUCAUAAGAGUGGAGGAGCAGGGAGCAGCGCGAGGACUGAGAUGAAUCGGGACCGGGGCCAGCCGUGGACUGUGAUUCUUCUCGUCAUCCUUGCACUGCAACCACAGGCUGUGCAGGCGGUGGGCAUGUUCGAGCUACAGAUCCAUCACUUUCAGAACCCCCAAGGCCUGCUGCUGAACGGGCAGUGCUGCGACCUCCAAGCCAGCGGGGGGCAGCGCUGCUCUCUGAGGGACCAGUGUGACACCUUCUUCCACGCCUGUCUGAAGGAGUAUCAGGCUCGCGUGGCCCCCACUGGAUCCUGCACCUUUGGCUCGGGCAGCACCGGGGUCCUGGGCAGCAACACGCAGCUGAUCCGCCACAGAGGACACGACGGGGGAGGAGGGGGAGGGGGGGAUGUCGGACACAUCGUCAUCCCCUUUAAAUACGCGUGGCCGAAAUCCUUCUCUCUGGUGCUGGAAGCUCUGGACCAUGACAACGACACGUCAGAAUUAGGCCAGGGGGGGCUGAUUGAGCGGGUCCUCUUGUCGUCCAUGUUGAAUCCCGGGGAGCAGUGGCAGACCUACCGUCACCACGGACGCACGCUCACCCUGGAGUACCGGCUGCGGUUCCGCUGCGACUCCAACUACUACGGGCCGUUCUGCAACAAGUUCUGCCGGGCUCGCGACGACUUCUUUGGCCACUUCGGCUGCGACCCGAACGGCUCCAAGGUCUGCAAUGACGGCUGGUCCGGACCAGAGUGUCGGCAAGCGCUGUGCAGACAGAGUUGUCACCAGACACAUGGGUCCUGCACAGUUCCUGGAGAAUGCAAGUGUCACUACGGCUGGGAAGGCGCUCUGUGUGAUCAGUGUGUGACGUUUCCUGGCUGUGUGUACGGAGGCUGCACCGAGCCCUGGCAGUGUGUGUGUGACGUCAACUGGGGAGGACUGCUGUGUGACAAAGAUUUGAACUACUGUGGCACCCACCAGCCAUGUAAGAACGGGGGCACAUGUGCCAACACAGAGCCAAACGAGUACCAGUGUGAGUGCCAGGAGGGGUUCCGCGGACGCAACUGUGACAUCGUGGAGCAUGCGUGUCUGUCUUCCCCCUGUGUGAAUGGAGCCACCUGCGUGGAGGACCCUACUGGCUUCAGCUGCGUCUGUACAGACAACUGGACCGGACACACCUGCUCCAACCCGGUGUUACAGUGUGAGUCGAGCCCGUGUGGGCGUGGUGCGACAUGUCAGGAGACUCCAGAGGGAUACCAGUGCCUCUGCCCUCCCGGGUGGAUGGGCCGAACCUGCCAGCUGGACACCGAUGAGUGCGAGAUGGAUGUGUGUGUCCACGCACGCUCCUGUCGCAAUCUGAUUGGUGGAUACCUUUGUGACUGCCUACCAGGAUGGACGGGGCCUAACUGUGACAUCAGGGACACCAGCUGCCAGGGGUUGUGUCUGAAUGGAGGUCGAUGUGAGGAUCUGGUGUCAGGGUCACGCUGCCUGUGUCUGCCAGGGUUCACUGGGAAGCACUGUCAGAACGUCCCCGGCCCAUGUGACAGCGCCCCCUGCCUGCACGGAGGACACUGUGUGCAGGAGGCCGGCAGGACGGCCUCCUGCAGCUGUGCGGUGGGAUACUCCGGGCCUUUCUGCGAGGUGCUGGCGGAUCCGUGCAGUCCCAACCCCUGCCAGCAGGGCGUACCAUGUCGGAGCACGGACGGGGGGUACGUGUGCGGCUGCCCCGAGGGUUACUAUGGCAACGAGUGCACGAGCCUCAAGGAUCCCUGCCAUGGCCAGCACUGCCCAGGCGCCAUGUCGGACCCUGCUCGUGGGGGUUUCAGCCUCUACAUGGUGCUGGUGGGCGUGUCCGCCUUGGUGACGGCAUGCGGCUGCGCUGCCUGCGCCCUCCUCCUCUCCCGUCUGCACCGGCGGCGGAAGAAGCAGCAAGGAGGACCUCCGGAGGAGGGGGCCAUCAACAACCAGAGAGAGUUCGUCACUCUCAUCCGAAACCUGGACCGCCCCUCGCCCCUCCUGGCCCCCGUGGGCCCCCACACCUCCGUCCCCGCCCCAAGCUGCUGCGAGGAGAUCGAGCUGACACGGCCUCCCUCGCCGGCCCCCUCGCACUCCUCCCCGGCCCUCAAACCCUCCCAUGCCCACAAACAGGACAUCUCCAACCUGGAGAGGGAGAAACUAAACCGCAUCCACUACGCAGACAACCAGGAACUGGAGGUGUGACUUCUGGGCCUUUGAACUCCCAGAUCCCAGUCUGUUUGUUUUGCACCCAACAGGUCUUUCUGGGGUCUAACCCCAGUCUCCGGUGCUGUGCCAUUGCUGCAGUACUUCCAGUGGUGGUGGUGGGUGACCCUAGUCUGACCUCUCCCUGAGUUUGACCCCUUAUCCUUUGUAAGAUGAGAUUGCCAUUGGCUGCUCUACUGCCAGCCAAAACUAUUAUGGGCUGACCUUCUGUGAGCUAAGUAGGAUGUGGACCCUAAUUUUGUUGUCGGCCUUGAUCCUAUUUUAGGGCGCAGCCUUGCCAAUGGGGAGAGAGAUGGCAUAGAUCUGAACUAUGACCUCUGACUUCAUCCUGAACUCAGAACUAGUCUGAUGUGGGCCUGAGUGCAGUGUGUAUGUGGCCUGUCUCUUUGCCUCAUUUCACCCGAGUCCUGGUGGAGAUCACAUGGGGCCCGUUCCCCUAAUGCGAUUGGACCAUCCUGCACCAGAUAAGCCUGGCUUCCUGUACGGUCUGGGUGUCCAGCCUGAGAGUGUGUUACAAGGCAGUGACAGAGGGAGAGGGAGGAAGGCGUGGGUCUCAUUCCAUGAAGGAUGAGUUGAUCUGAAGGAUAAACUCACAUGCUUAAAUUUAAGUGUAGGUGUGUGUUGUUGUUCUGUGUUUUGUUGGUUGUGUGUGUGUGUGUGUGUGUGUGGGUGUGUGUGUGUGCGCGCGUAUAAGCCUUCAUGUCUAUUACUUGGGGGAGCGAGAGAAGGUAAAGGAUUAAGAAAUGAAAGAAUCACAUUUACUGAAUCAACACAUUCUAAAUGGUGCCCUUUAGUAAAGAAAAAAAACACCCAGAGAGAUAAACAAAAUAGAAAAUGCUCUCAAAAAUGUACCGAAGGAAGUUUUAACUUUGGGAAUGAACUGAAUUCUAACACUACACUGUUGCCUGCAUGGUCUCUGUAACACUGCGAUUCAAAGAUGUAUGAUUUUUAUACCUUUGUGUAAAAUAGCAAUGUUGUAUAUUUGUUGUACAUAUUGAAACUGAUCUUUUUGUACUGUGGUUUGGUCUCAGAAUGUUUUAAUUCAUGCUUUUUGUUCUCUGUUCCCUUCCAUAUGUCUGAGAAGACCAGCUAAUAUGGAUUGUGAUUAAAGUGCAUUUACCU